AUGGCUAACACAGCUGCUGCUUAUUCCUCGGCCAUCGAUGACUCCUCUUCAAUUGCAAGCGACGAUGAGGUCUCAAGACCUGCUCCAGUAAGAAGAAGAUCCUCUUUGUUCUCCAUAAUCUCAGAUUCUGAACCUCCUUUGCCUCCUCCAGAUGAAAAAGAUAUAAUUGCCUUUACCUCAGAUACUCGUCAUUUCAACAUGGUGAGGAACCUACAUCUCGCUGACUUGAUUACUUGUAUGAAUGGCUUUUCCGGUUUCUACUCCAUCAUCUCAUGUUUGAGAUUUAUUCUUACAAAACAGUCUCAUUAUGUUCAAAGAGCUCAUUUUUUCAUUGCUUUAGGCUUGUUUUUUGAUUUUUUCGAUGGCAAAGUCGCAAGAUUAAGAAAUAAAGCUUCCUUAAUGGGCCAGGAAUUGGAUUCUUUAGCCGAUUUGAUAUCUUUUGGUGUUGCUCCUGCUUCAAUUGCAUUUUCUUUGGGUUUCCAAACCACUGUUGACGUCUUAAUCUUAUCUUUCUUUGUCUUGUGUGGCUUAACAAGACUAGCUAGAUUUAAUGUAACGGUCGCUAAUAUACCAAAAGACCAAUCCGGCAAGUCUCAAUAUUUCGAAGGUUUACCAAUUCCAACAAGUUUAUCUCUAGUAGCUACAAUGGCCUUUUGGGUUUACAAAGGUUGGUAUUCGUCUGAAUUGGGACUACCUUGUGGUGUUCUUUUUUCAAAUAACUUUUUCGAAUUCCACCCAAUAAUUUUAUUAUUUUUCAUUCAUGGUUGUUGUAUGGUUUCAAAAAGUUUACACGUUCCCAAGCCUUAA